GUACUAUCAAUCAAACAUCAUGUGCAGCUACGCCGAACAUAGUGGAAAUCAACGUGACAACGUGUGCUGGUGCUUCGAAGAAAUUAGCCUAAUGCUGCUAGUUCAACGGAUUCUGAUGUAUCUGUGGUAUCGGCUACUGCUGAAGAUGUUUCCACGAUUGAGUGUACUGCCGAACUGUCACGAAUGCUCGCCUCGGCGCAGUCUGCCGUGUGGUCAUUUAGCCGACGAAUACUGGAAGGCAUCAUACUUCACACGCACCCUGCAACAAACGCAAGGUCAUCUGUACGAUAACAAACUUCAGCAAGCUUUCCCUACGGCUGGGUUCUGUAAACGCUUCCCAUCGGAACCGCCAGCCUACGAAGAAGCGAUCAUGCCGUUCGAGGAGGAUCUCGAGGAGGAAAACUUUAACUUUAACUGCAGCGAUAUAAGCCACAUGUACCAGAGCACCUUUCUGGACGAGCACGACGAGUGUUUGCUGGCGGAAGCGGAUAUUGCUUGGGAUAUGCCAGUGCCAGAGGUGAAACCGACGGACCAAUGUCAGCUGAAUGAGGAAAUUUCUCUUCUCCUGAACGAUUACUACAUCGACGACGAUUUGGACGAUCAUUUACAAAUGGCAGCGUACGAGACGGCGAUCGGGAACAGUUUUUUCGGUGAAUCGUUUAUUGAACCAUUGUGAUAUGUGAUACAGUUCCUUAAGUUAA